CCACACCGCUGGAUUGCCUCCAAGCCAUGGCCUUUCAUCAAGCCCUGCCAGGCAAGCUGCCGAGAAGUUGGCCUCGCAGGAGCCCAAGGCAGGGAAACAAAGAGUUAAACGAUAUCCUGAUGGGCUGGUGAGCUCAUCAGAGCUGGGAUAUGCUCAUUACACUCAACAGAGCCCGAUAGAUAACAUCCGGAGGGAUGCGGAGCUGGAAGUGAGCAUGGGUUAGGAGAGGAGGACUUUCAGACGCAGCCUGUCCCACCGCCGGUGGGGUGGGCAGCCACAGCCGGCUCAGCCCAGCAGGAUCCAUCCCUCGUUACCGCUCCCUGCGUGCCCCCUGGCAGCUGGGUUCCCACCUGCGCGCUCGGGGGAUGCUUGGUGCAACCGGCUGGGACCACCGAGGCACAGCAUGGUCUCCUCCUCUGACCCUGUCACCAUGGAAAAUCCCCCCAAGAGCCCUGAUGGGAGCGAGAAGUCCCCUCAGUCCAAGGAGCUGCUGACCAGCAACACGGCCAGCACCCUCUGCAUCAGCUCCCGGAGCGAGUCUGUCUGGACCAGCGCGUCCCGGAGCAAGUGGGAAAUAUACCACAAGCCCGUCAUUGUCGUGUCUGUCGGAGCAGCCGUCUUCCUCUUCGGGACGGUCAUCACCAGCCUGUCUUGCAUCCAAAUCAAGAACAAAAACGUUUACAAAAUGUGUGGCCCGGCUUUUCUGUCCAUGGGACUGAUGCUCCUUGUUUGUGGCCUAGUCUGGAUCCCCAUCAUCCGGAAGAAGCAGAAGCAGAGACAGAAGUCACAGUUUCUGCAGAGCCUCAAGUCCUUCUUCUUCAACCGCUGAGGGCAGCCCAUGGCCUUCCCAGGAAGGCUCCCUCCCCUCCACCCUCCUCCGCUGAUUAGCCAUCAAAAGAAACGUGCUUUUGUACCCUCCUAGAGGAAAUUACCCCAGACAGUCUCUUCCCUACAGGCAGAACACACUGUACCAGUGCCCGGUGUGUAAGCGAACUUUGCAUUUCACCCAAGGAAUCCCAAAAAGAGGAGAGCGGGACGUUGCGGCCUAGCCUGGCAUGGCAGGUUGGAGCGCUCUGCAUCCUGCACAGCAGCCGAGCACCACCAUGCGUGGGGAAAGCAGCGCUCCUUGGAGCAUGGCCGGUGCCCAGCUGCUCCGGCAGGGCACCUGGGUUGAGAGGAACCAGCCGGCCCCGCCGCGGGAGCGAAGCCUGGUGUGAGCGCUGCUGCCUGCAGUCGGCACUCCGCACCUACACAAUGGCGGGCCCAUGGCCGCCCACCCAGAGCCAAGGAGAGGGACAGCGGGACAACGCGCUGCCACACCGCUUUGUAUCAGAGGAGGCCACCAGAAUGGACAAUGCACGUCACCAGAGCAGAGCAGAUGUGAUGUCCAUGGCCUGCAGUUCCCACCUGUGGCUCUAUUAUGACAGCUGGCCAAGACACGGCUGUAACUAGAGCUCACUUCUGGCUCGGGGUGUGGUGUUCACAAGUAUUUAUUCCUCUACAGGGUCAAGGUGAGGAGCAACACCACAAGCAGAAUUUUUUAGCUCCCCUUGGCAGAAGGUGUUUAAGCAAGGCUGUUCCCCCAGGCCUGCAGGGCCUAAGUUGUUUUGCAGCUUCUCUCCAGUCGCGCUGAUGUUCUCUGCCAGAGCCACCCAAAAACUGAGCCUUGGCCCUUCCAUGAGCCCAGAACUGGACUACAAGCAAGCAAGCAAGUUCUUUGUCUCCACCACUUUGUAUUUCUGCCUUAAUAAAUGUGUGCUCUGAGGCAAUUCACCAAGGAAAGCAACGAUCCUUUCUGCAUGGUUUUUGCUUUAAUUUCAUAUUUUCAGCAGGCCUUAAAAGAGAAGUUUGAAGUGCUAAUUCUCAGUCUGAAGAACUGG